GAGUAUGACGGAAGGGGAGGAACGACGUGCAUGCCGCCCGCCUUUGUUUGUGACAAGCCGCAUUCACUCUCAUAUCGUCCCGUCCGCAGCUUUAACUUGCCCUUCUUCAAAUCACCAGAGGCCACCAACACCACCUUCCCGUGAUGCAGCAACGAUAGGAAGCCACGCCGCGCAACAUGCCGCCCGCGAACACGCCGAGAACCCCAAUUAGCCCGCAAUCGCCCGUCUUACAUCGUUCGCUGGAGCGACUGCCCUCCUACGAAUACCUGUCUGAGCCCGUUCCGGAUCUCGCCGCGACGCUAUACAGCACCAACAGCCAAGCAGCAGACGAGGCGGAUGAGGCGAAUGUCACUUUCCUCCGCUCAUCGCCGGACUUUACCGGCGCGGGUCCAGGACAUCGGAGUACACAGCAGAGUCACAUCGAUCCGCAGCGAGACCCGCGAAGGACAAGCCCAACAGCAGCAACAAUAGCAGCAGCAACACCAAGCGGACGAGACACCCCGGAGGACCUAUCUCGCCGCGAAAGACUACAUCGCGUAUUGUCCCGCCUGAACCGACUUCACGAGACAGCGAGUGGCCCAUCCACAACUGCCUACACCAACCGCACGCCUUCUCCGAGCCAGCAACGUCUCUACGAUUGGGCGCCGCAACAUAACGCACUGGUGCCGCACGAGGAGGGUGAGCUCGAUGCGAUUUUGAGCGAAUUGCGCCGGCAGCAGCCAGACACGCAUCCGGACAUCCUGCGCGUGCUAAGCCAGAGCCAGUUGGAUGAUCGGCGCGCGGUGCAGAUGCAGGAGCAGAGAGAAGGCCACGGCGCAUCUGCAGCAGCAGCAGCAGCAGAAGCAGGUGGCCCAAACGCUCCUACUACUGCGGCGGAGGCGGCGGAGCGACGCGAUAGGCUGAGGGAGAGAGAUCGGAGGAGGAGGGAAUCGGAGUGGGUGAGCUUGCGCACGCGGGCGGCAAUUCAACGGUCACGGCAGGAGUUCUCGCCCAGUGCGACGGAUCGCAUGCUGAGAUAUGUGAUGGAGCGGGAGCGGAGUGGGAUGAGUGAGGAGGAGGAGAGGGCGAGAGGAGGUGGGUGGUUCAGGCCUAGCCCAGGCAGGACUGAGGGUGACGAGCAGAGGACUUCAGCAUCUGGUAGUGGGGAGAGGGAGGGUGGGACAACACUACCACCACCACCCGCCGCAGAAGCACGGGAGAGGGAGAGACAGGAGCGCAUCGAGGCGUUUCGACGAGGCUACCUGGCCGAGAAUGUACCACCGUCACGACUCCCGCGCAUCAGCACUCCACCAGCUCCUCCGACGGCAUCCGUUCCUGUACCUUCGACCUCGCCUUCGCCUCCGUCGGUUUUGGAACGCGCGUUGAGGUAUCUCAGCGAGUUGCGGUCAUGCUCAGGAUACGAGGAGGCUCUCGUCACAGCCGUCGAGCACGGUUUAGCCGGCGAAGAGUCCUUCGCUGACAAGAAUCUUGACGACUUCGUCAUGGAUCUGCAACCAGUGGGAUCUAUACCACAGUCUUCGUGGCUGCAGCCCGGGACGGUGUUUACAGGCCACCAGCAUGCUAUGAACGGCUGCUGCGUGGUGCAGCAACAGCCGACGAGGGCUGCGGCACAUAGCACAGUGACGCACGUCGUAGAGCAGAUCAAUCCACGGUUUGGUCCUGUAUCGAAUGCCACCAGUUACGAUCAUCCUCCCGGCUCUACACGAGUGGCACCGGCGCCCGCACACUUCGAUGCCAGCCGGCCAUGGCUGUCCCACCAGUUCUCGCCGCCUCUUUUGCAAACCACCGCACUUUUGUCCAAACAUACGUCUUCGUCAGACCACGAUCAAUGGCCCGUACGCGUCACUCUGCAUGCCAUCGACACGGACCGAAUGACGCUUCAAGGCACGAUGGCGGCUUACGAUGUGCCCCAACAUCAUCCCACGAGUAGCGUCAGUCUCAGCAGCAUCAUAAGCACUAACGAGCAAGAGCGACCCAAGGCCGGCAAGAGACAUGCCCCCAUCACCACCUACCUCGAAGGCCAUAUCAUAGACCUCACCACCCACUCCUUCCUCACCCCCGAAGCACACUGCAGCACGAAGAGCAGUGACCACCAACAACCCACCACCUCACCGACCACACCAACAGACACAAUCAUCUUCCCCUCCGCAACACCCACAACCGACGCAACAAACUGGCGCGCCCUCCCGCCCUUCUCCCUCCUCGCCUCCGACGAAGAAAUGGCCUCCCUCCUCCUCUCCCCCACCCGCCUUCACGAUCUGAACGAACAGUACAUCUUCAUGCGCUGGAAGGAACGCUGUUUCGUCCACUCCAAGCACGAGUCCUAUACUUGUACUGAAGCGGAGAGGGGUGGCGAUCGGGAUCGUGGGCAUGGGUUGACGAUUAGUGGGUUCUAUUAUGUUAGUUUGCGCAGGGCGGAUGGAAGGGUGGAGGGGUUGUAUUUCGAUCCGGGAAGUACGCCGGUGCAGCGGUUGAGGUUGGGGGGUGUUACUACGAUGGGUGGGUGGCCGGCGUUUGGGUUUAGGUAGGUAGCUGGAUUGACGUUAAGAGGGUCGGACUGAGACCUGACAGUUAGGGACACAACGGGACAACGCAGGAUGGUGGAAAGAGUCGUGCAACGAGACAACUUUUGUAGGCUGGCCGAAUGAGAAGAUAAUGUGAGAAGGAACAGUCUAUUGCGCCG